AAGGGUAAAUAUACUUUUUAAAAAGCUAUCAAUCACCAGUUUCAUACAACUACACAAUCGCUGCCGGUAAAAAUAAACUGUAAAAAUAACAGGCGCCACCAUGCAACUUUUGUUUCCAAGGCCAUUAUUAAAUGAGCAUAUGGUAAUAAAUAAUCAGUUAUUUACUAAGUAUGAACAAAUUAAUGGAUAUACCUCCACCGUCAUCUGCCAUCCAUGGAGUUCGGAAAACGGUGGUGGAAAAUUUAGAAGAAGACGUUCUAGUCAUAGUGUUGUCGCAAAUAUGGAUCCAGCUGCAGUGGCACGAAGAAAUGAACGAGAAAGAAAUCGUGUAAAGCAGGUCAAUGAUGGCUUUGAUGAACUUAGGCAGAGAGUACCUUUUUUACCAGAUAAGAAAAAAUUAUCAAAAGUAGAAAUUUUGCGCUGUGCCGCGCUCUACAUUAGAGACUUAAAAGAUAUAUUAGAGGAAUAUGACUGCAAUAAUUCUUCAAAAAAUAAAAGAAGCAGUUCCGAAUGCAACUCUAGCAGAGAUAGCAAUAGUGGAGAUGAAGAUGAUAUAUUAAGAACGGAAAUGUUAAAUUUAUCAACGGACCAACUUUUAGUAAAAUCGAAACUCCGAUGUCUUAAUAUAAAUGACAGGAACUCAAAAUGCAGGAAGUAGACACAAAAUUUAAAAAAAAUGGUGUUUUGACGUUAACGUAAAAAUGUUUGUAGUUUUCAUGAAAAAUUUUUGUUUAAUUUUUUAUAAAUUAUUUUUGUGUUCGUUUUUAUAUACCUUUUUGUCCAAAGAAAUUAUGUGAGCAUAUUUUGUAAUAUAGAUAUUUUUAGUUUAAUAAAUGACGUUUAA